GCCUUUCUUGGAUUUCGUUCUUGGGUCGUCAACGCAGCAAAAUAUGAGGCCGGGAUUGGAUGGAUGCAGAGUCAAUAUGGCGAAGAGGCAUCUCGCGUUUUUCGAUGGGCAGGCCCUCUCCGUCUUGUUAGCCUCAGGUCAUGGAGGGGCGUCAGCCCAGCUUUCGCUGCGAGUUCUGGACAAAGGCGUCGCCAAGAGACGCGGUUCCAGAGGUCGAGACUCCGUUUUGCCAAGAUACCAAGACCGCGAUUGCAAGGUUCGCCGGUUUUGGAGUCGCUGCACUGCCAUUAACUGAAGACUCCUUUGCAAACGUUGUGCGGGGAAGCAGUGAUUUCGGUAUUCUGUUGCAUAAACAAGCGCUGUGUAGCUGUAACGUGUUGUGUCCGCGAGCAUGCAGACAUGACACAAAAAACAAACAGACUUGGGUGGAUGGGAGUUGUGGUAGGUACGAUAGAUUAGAACAACCGAGCUGUUGCAUGACUACGGUGGGGAGGGGCUGGCGGGUCUGGCCUUGCUUGACGUGGAUCUUGCAUGAGCGCUCCAGCCGAACGAGGAUGGGCACAUGCAAUUGCCGCUCGCCGGCGUCGGUGAUUGCAAAGAGGCUUCAAAGACUUGGAUGUGACCCAGUGUAGCCCUGUCUCUACAUACCUCGAUUGGCAUCGAUUGAUAUGGGAUGUUGAAGAUAACACUGAAAAAGACUUGAAAAUGACACAGAUCUGUCCUAGUAAACUACCUUGGAUCUGGCAGGGAAGGGCCGAUAGUGCCUACAAAUGAUAUACACAAAUACAGUUCGAGACGCCAACCCAGAAUCACCUCUUCUACCUCUACAGG